CUGAUUAGUAAAAUUCCAAGAAUUCAAAAUUCCUAAAUUAUCUGUACAAAUCUGAUGGCCAAGAGCUGCGGAACUGAAAACUAUUACGACAUUUUAAAUGUACGCAGUGAUUGUACCGAUAAAGAGAUAAAGUCGGCCUAUGUGCAGCUGUCAAAAAAGUUUCAUCCUGAUGUGAAAGGAGUGAAAACAGAUCCUCAGCAAACUGCACAAUUUUUGAAAAUCGCAGAAGCAUAUCAAACACUUAGUAAACCAAAGUUACGGAUUGAAUAUGAUCAAAACUUGCAAGCUGUUCAAUCUAUGAGAGUUUAUGAGACAAGCAGUUCUGCAAAAACUGAAUUUCAUAGGCCCUGGGAAAUUAAACCUAACUAUGAUCCAAAUCCAGGCCCCUACUAUGGUAUUAAAGGUCUUAAUAGGACAACAAAUUCCAGAGUUGCUUUAGUGCUAAUAGUUUUGGGAAUAUUUGGAGGAGUAUUUGGCAUAGCUUCUGUUAGGCAGUCUUUUGCUAGAAAUCAAAAAAGUUUGGACGAAGUGUCGGCCAGAGCGAAUGAACAUCAUCAAAAAAUUCGUUCUGAUGUGGAGAAAUACAGUAAGGAUGAACAACUUCGUCGUGUUAUUGAUCGUAUAGCCGCCAAUCAAGUUGAAAGAUAGAAUUCUUUAAUAAGGAUCUUGAAUACUUGGUAGAAAAAUUAACAUUGUAUGAUUAUUUAUAUAAACAUACAAAUAAAUAUUAUUUAGUGAAGAUUUUUUAUAUUCAGAUGGA